CACAUACGUUGUGCAAAUCUAAAUACAAAUACAGUGCAAGUCCAAACUGUCCUUUGUAGUCUUCUGAUGUCUGAUUUCAUAGCUGAACCAAACCAGACAGUUAUUGAAGUGCAGAGGACAGACUCAAUGACUGCUGAGUAGAACUGCAUCAGCAGCACCUGUGGCAGGUUGAACUUCCUCAACUGGUGAAGGAAGUACAACCUCUGCUGGGCCUUUGGAGUCAAUGUGGGUCUCCCACUUCAGGUCCUGUGAGAUGGUAGUGCCCAGGAACCUGAAUGAAUCCACUGCUAUCAAAAGAGAGAAUAUAAUUUACCAUGUUUUGAACACUUGCUGCUCUACUAACAUUUGUUAAACACACUUUAGUAUCAUGUAAUGUAGGAACUUUGAGUCAUUUAUCGAUAUUAUUUAAUACAAGUUAAUGUUUAUCACUUAUUUUGUAUAUCUUCCUGGGUGCCGGCAUGAUUGUGUGACGUCACACACCUGAAUCUCAGCGAAAUUCAGUUUAGAGUUUAACAUUUCCGCACGACCAUCCAAUUUGGAAUUACGAUUUCAAGUGGCGUUCCAUUGCACUUUUCCCAAUAGGAAGUUGGAAAAUCCGACUUUCUGAGUUGAAUGGAACGCAGCAUAAGUAAUAAUGUACUCAGUGUAAAGCAUAAAAACCAAAACAUCUACUACAUCACCAAAAUCCUCUACGUCAUCGCGCUACAGUCUGCAGCGAGGACCCUCUCCGCUCUCGCGCUGUCAGUGCAGCACUUCCUCGCGACUGGCUCUAACGCGUUUGUUGUUGGUCGUGACGUAUGAACCUCCGCUCUCGCCCAGGACCCUCCCGUUGUGCGUCGCCUCAGUCUGUGCGCUUUUAGAGCCACAGUCCGCACUUCAGUGUUUAUUUGGUUGUCAUGGCGGAGGGACGUGGAGAGCUAUUGCCUCAGCCGCCGCUUCACCUCUCUCUACCCCCGGCCAGCAAGCGUCCGUGUUUGCGUCCCGCUCCUCGAGGACCGGGGCCGGGGCCUGGUCCGGGAUUUCCGAACUCUCGCUUACGUUGCCCGGAAUCUCUACUGGACUGCGCUGCUAAGGCCGUAGCGGAGAAAUGGGCCUUCGAGAGGGUGGAGGAGCGCUUCGAGCGGAUCCCCGAACCCGUUCAACGUCGUAUCGUUUAUUGGUCUUUCCCGAGGAACGAAAGGGAAAUAUGUAUGUAUUCGUCGUUUCAGUGCCGAGUGGCAAGUGAAGAGGGCCCCGUAGUGGGCUCGAGCUCCUCCGUUGGAUCUGCUUCAGUCCCCGGAGGGGUUACGAACACAACCGGCAGCGCAGGGACGGGGGGCACCGGAGAUGGACUGCCUUUCCGCCGGGGAAUCCGGCUUUUGGAAACCGGUUGUGUGGACAAUGUCUUACAAGUCGGUUUUCACCUCAGUGGCACGGUCACGGAGCUGGCCACGCAAUCUGAGCCGGAGACGACACACAAGGUGGCCAUCAGCUUCGACCGCUGUAAGAUCACUUCAGUGACAUGCGGAUGUGGCAACCGCGAUAUCUUCUAUUGUGCGCACGUGGUGGCACUCUCCUUAUACCGCAUCCGCAAACCCGAGCAAGUCAAACUGCGGCUGCCCAUAUCAGAGACACUUUUCCAGAUGAACCGAGACCAGCUGCAAAAGCUGGUGCAGUACCUUAUCACGGCCCACCACACAGAAGUGCUGCCCACAGCCCAGAAAUUGGCUGAUGAAAUCCUGUCCUCCAACUCCGAGAUCAACCAACUACACGGGGCCCCGGAUCCCACAGCAGGAGCCAGUAUUGAUGAUGAAAACUGCUGGCACCUAGAUGAAGAGCAAGUGAGGGAGCAGGUCAAGCAGUUCCUCUCGCAGGGAGGAUACUAUGGCUCAGGCAAGCAGCUUAACUCCAUGUUUGCCAAGGUGAGGGAGAUGCUGCGGAUGCGGGACUCUAAUGGGGCGCGGAUGCUCACUCUCAUCACUGAGCAGUUCAUGGCUGACCCACGCCUGUCUCUAUGGCGACAACAGGGCACAGGCAUGACCGACAAAUGCCGACAACUCUGGGAUGAGCUAGGUGCACUGUGGGUGUGUAUCGUGCUGAAUCCGCACUGUAAGAGCGACGAGAAGAGCGGCUGGCUGAGACAGCUAAAGAAAUGGGGAGACAUGGACAUCUGUCCUCUAGAGGAUGGCAAUUACGGCAGCGAGCUGCCCAACAUCACCAACGCCCUACCACAGAGCAACCUGGCACAGGACUCACUGGCCCGGCCUAGGAGAACGGUUUUCACAAGAGCCAUGGAAGCCUGCGACUUGCACUGGCAGGAUAGUCACUUGCAGAGAAUCAUCAGUAGUGACUUCUAUAUGUCUCCAGCCUAUCAGAGAGAGGGAGAGAGCCUGCUCUUCAAUCCCCAGGGUCUGCCACUGUGGUUGGAUCAUGUGCCUACAGCAUGUGCCAGGGUAGAUGCCCUGCGUUCCCAUGGUUACCCCCGGGAAGCCUUGCGACUGGCUGUAGCCAUAAUCAACACCCUCCGGCUCCAACAACAACGACAGUUAGACAUUUACAAGCAUCAGAAAAAAGAUCUGCUGCAAAGGGGAAUGACUAACACCACCAAUCUGGAGGGCUGGGUGGGCCACCCCCUCGACCCCAUCGGCUGCCUUUUCGCCACCCUCACGGAGACAUGUCGAGUGGAGGAUGACAAUACCAUGGAUACUGGAGACUCGGGUGAGCCCAAGCCUCCAGUGUACCAGCAUGUGCCAGUGUGGGGAUGUCCAGACGGAGGGGAGUCGUACCUUGCGCUGGCACUAGAGGUUGCGCUAAUGGGCAUGGGGCAGCAGCGGCUGAUGCCCGAGGGACUGUACGCCCAGGACAAGGUGUGCCGCAAUGAGGAGCAGAUCGUGGCCAAGCUACAGGAGAUGGAGCUGGAUGAUGUACUAGUGCAGACACUCCGCAAGCAAGCUAUCCUUCUUUUAGAAGGUGGUCCCUUCAGUGGUAUGGGUGAGGUCAUUCACAGGGAGAGCAUUCCCAUGCACACGUUUGCCAAGUACCUGUUCACUGCUCUCCUACCGCAUGACACAGAUCUGGCGUACAAACUGGGCCUUCGUGCAAUGAGGCUUCCAGUGCUAGAGUCUACAGCUCCCUCAGGUGACGUUGGGCACCCUCACCAUGGCAUCUCCAUAGUGCCCAGCCGAUACCCACGCUGGUUCACACUGGGUCACCUGGAGUCUCAGCAAUGCGAGCUGGCUUCCACCAUGCUUACUGCUGCUAAGGGUGACAUGUUGAGAUUGCGGACUGUUUUGGAAGCCAUUCAGAAGCACAUCCACUCCUCUUCCCUCAUCUUCAAACUGGCCCAGGAUGCCUUCAAGAUUGCCACUCCAGCAGAUAACCCUCCUGACAUCACUCUUCUCAAUGUAGCAUUGGAGCUUGGCCUUCAGGUGAUGAGAAUGACUCUUUCCACACUCAACUGGAGGCGGAGGGAGAUGGUUCGCUGGCUAGUCACAUGUGCUACUGAAGUCGGUCUGUGUCAAGCAAAAUCUACUCCAGUCCUUCCUGAUUUUAGUCUAAGAGCAUUGGUCAGCAUCUUACAGAGCUGGUACACACUCUUCACCCCCACUGAAGCUACCAGUAUAGUGGCAGCGACAGUGAUGUCCCACAACACCAUCCUGCGCCUGAGCCUCGACUACCCGCAGCGGGAGGAGCUCGCCAGCUGUGCGCGCACUCUGGCCCUGCAAUGCGCCAUGAAGGACCCCCAAAACUGCGCCCUGUCCGCCCUCACCCUCUGCGAGAAGGACCACAUCGCCUUCGAGACAGCCUAUCAGAUCGUCAUCGACGCCGCUUCCACGGGUAUGACCUACUCUCAGCUCUUCACCAUCGCCCGCUACAUGGAGCACCGCGGGUACCCCCUUCGAGCCUUCAAACUGGCGUCUCUCGCCAUGACCCACUUGAACCUGGCCUACAACCAAGACACGCAUCCGGCCAUCAACGACGUGCUGUGGGCUUGCGCCCUCAGCCACUCCCUGGGUAAAAAUGAACUGGCCGCCAUCAUCCCCCUGGUGGUCAAGAGCGUUCACUGUGCCACAGUGCUAUCGGACAUUCUGCGCCGUUGUACCAUGACUGCCCCCGGUCUGGCCGGCAUACCUGGCAGGCGAAACUCGGGCAAGCUUAUGAGCACUGACAAAGCACCGUUAAGACAGCUACUGGAUGCCACCAUCAGCGCCUACAUCAACACCACCCACUCCCGCCUCACCCACAUCAGCCCACGCCACUACGGAGAGUUCAUAGAGUUCCUCAGUAAGGCACGUGAGACCUUCUUAUUGGCCCAAGAUGGCCACAUUCAGUUUGCCCAGUUUAUAGACAACCUCAAACAGAUCUAUAAGGGCAAAAAGAAACUCAUGAUGUUGGUACGGGAACGUUUUGGUUAAACCUCACCUGAUGACAACAAGGGACUCUUCUUUCAUUCUUCAUUUAUUUAAGGCAUUAUUUUCUUCUUCUUUUUUGUAAUCUUUGGUGAAUUUUUACAUUUUAUUUGUUUCUUUUGAUUUGUCUCGUUUUUAUCAUGAACAGUCCUUGUUCCCCAAGUCAUUCUACCAGGUCGAACCUUUGGAGGGGAGAACAAGUGUAAUUAUGAUAUUAUGUUUUUGUUUUGUUUUGGCUGGUUCUUGAUUUUGUUUAAUUGAGAUAUUGUGAUAAAAAUGUAAAAGUGGCACAUAAAGAGAAACCAAAUGAUUUUGUGGUAAAUUUGAGCUUGGGGUACCCUCGUGGGUGACGGUUAGUUUUGGAAGGACACUCGAAACAAAUGAUCAUUCCUAAAACACUCGCACACAGUGUUAAUGUCAUUCCUCGAUUGUAUUUUAAGGAUCAGCUUUAACUCUCUGAAAAAGGCCUGAUUUUAAGAAUGACCACGGAGGGGUAAAGCGGCUGAGAUUCAGAUGGGCACAUCACCUCAAACCCAAAUAAAGGAACCAUAACUCCAACCUCCAACAAUGACUUGAGUGAGCCACAAGACAUAAGUCCUCCCCUCUCUCCUGUGUUUCUUACUAUCAGCUCAUCUUGUAUCUCUGUUCCAAAAUUCAGUGCAAGUACUUUUGUGGAAUGCAUCGACAAAAAAAAGAAAAGAGAAUACCUGUUUGCUAAAUCCUUCUAUAUUUGCGUGUGAAGGGCACACCAGAGGAUGCUGUUUCCUAAAUUUGCUGAAUUUGAACAAAACAGCGAUAUUUACCCGUCAGAGUCUAACAUAAUCAGUCAUAUGUUUCGCUGUUUCCUUUCAGUGAAAAACAAAACAGAAACAGAAAGACUUGUGUGAGAUUGAGUAGCAGUAAUAAUAUUUAUGUACUAGCACUUCAUUAAAUUCCACCCCUUACAUGAUGCAUUUGGAUCAGGAAUUAUUUACUGUGUACAAAUUAGUUCAAUUGUAUAGAUGUGCAUAUUACUAAAGAUAAAUGCUUUGACAAAAAUGGCUAUAUUGGCAGAUAGACAAAUUACUUGCCGUGAUAUCUUCCACAUUCCAUGACCUCCGCCCUCCACAAGUGCCCCAGUGGAUCCGAACACUUAGAAUGCACUCUGCGGCUUCCAUCUGAAGGAAAGCGAAAAGAAAGAAGAAACGAGAAGAGAGAUGCUCAACUCCAUUCUCAGGGAAUCACUUAAAGAAAUAAAACAGAAAAAAUAGUAGCAUAAGCAUUUAAGAUAUUGUAAAUAUGAAAGUGUCAACUCAAAAAAUUGUAAAGUUAUAAUUAUUUAUGAGAACUGUAUGUUUUUUCUUUUCGGAUACUUGAAUUUGUUGGGCUGGGAAUGUGACAACCGUAAGAGGAAAGACUUCAGAAACAUUUCUCAGGUGUUCCUGUGUACAUUUCUGAUUUACUGUUUUAUUUGAAUCCUUUUUAUUUUUUGUAAAAAAAAAAAAAAAAGAGAAAAAAAAAACUUUUUUUUUUUUUUUUUUUGCAAGAGGAAGCAUGUAAAGCUUGAAGAAAGGAGAGGACAAAUGUUAUUGAACAGACUAUGCAGAACCACUUCUCGAAUUUUCCCUCUUCUUCCCGAUCUUCCUCUGUCUUUUCCUCUUGGGGGUGUUCCUUGUUUGGCUCGGGGGUAAAGGUGCUCUCCCCAAAUUUAACAGUUUGUAUCCGUAAGUAAUCGGCACAAGCUGCAAGUUUGGAUGGACUUAGCCUUUGCUCUAAAUAUGACUCUACUUUGAAGCCUUAUAGUCUUUACUGAAAGCACUGCAUGUGUUUCAGGACAUUGUGUUGCCAAUAUCAAUGGAGUACAGCACUGAAAAUGGACCUACACCUUCAGAUUGCCCAAACAAGAAAGAAGGGCAUCUGCUACUGCUUUCCUUUGUGAUGACGUGUUCAACACACUUUAGGGUCGUGAUAUCCUGUAUUGGGGCUCAUUGAGGGCAGUAAGGUCUGUCUGUUUAGAGGUUGUGACUUACCAUUGCCUAAUUAAGACAUUAAUAUUUCAUUAAUGGCUAAAUCUUAAGGAGAUUUCUAAAUAUUGAUGGCUACGGUUGGUCGAUUUAAUUUAAAUGGUUUUCCAGUUUCCAGCUUUGUUCACAGCAUUAGUUUCAAAGUUCAUACUAAUUGCCUCAAUUGUGGCAUCCUCAAGUCACAUUAUGCAGCCUUUUUUCCUCAACCUGCUCAGUCAGGGAGAUCAAUGGAAGGACCCGAGAAAGUUCACAGAUUAGGGAAACUUUACUUUUUUUUUUUUUUCAUUCAUCUGCAGGAUGAUCAUAGUGCUGCCUGUUUGAUUAAAAAAAAAAUAAUAAUAAAUAAAAAAAAAUAAAUAAAUACAAAAUAAGGAAAAAAACAAGCAUUUUCUGUAGCUAACUAGUUCGUCCAAUGGCAUUGCAAAAAGAGAAUAACCUCCUCUGGCUUUUAAUUUCUCUCUCUGUAAUUUCUCAGUGUCUGUAUGUGUUAACUGUACCAGUGUUUUGAUCUGUCCCUAGAGUUUAGAAGGAAAAAAAAAAAAAUCGCUGGUAGAGAUUGUUCACUAGUUCAUCUACUGUUUAAUUUUGUUUCGUUUUAAUUUAAGGGAAAGUGUUUGUCGCCUCUUUGUGCUACUGAAUUAUAAAAAGGUAUCCAGUAUUUGUUGCCACAAAAGUAUAGUUCAUCAACACUUUUUGUUUGUGCAACCUCUUGAGCUAAUGUCUAUAAACAAAAAUUUAUUACUAUUUAUGUAAUGCUACUACCAUUUUAUAUGAUUUGUGUUGAAUUUCAGUGCUUUUCUAUAAAUAAAGUGUGAAACACGUA